UGUUUGAGAUAUCAGUUCCAUUAGAGCCUGCCCUCUCCUCUCCUCUCUUUCUCUCCUUUGCUUCUGUGGAGUAACUUGCUUCAUCUGUCCUGCAUUCUUACACGUGAUUCAAAAGUCAUGGAGAAAAAUGCUCAGUGUACAUCAGGAAGCCCUGAUCCAGGGAAUGACAGUGAGAAUGAAGACACUGACCCCAUGGAGGUCUUCAACGAACAGCUGGAGGAUAUCAUCAAAACCUACGGGUCUGCAGCCUCGCUCAUGGAGCAGCAGAUCUCCAGUCUGGAGGCGGGUGAAGAUAGGGGUGACCAGAAGCAGGAGGAGCCCGGUGGGGAUGGGAAAGACGGAUCUGGAUCGGCUCGUGGUACCAGAUCAAGCAAAGAGGCAGCAAAGAAGCCCCAGAAACAAUCUGGGAAUGACAUCACCCAACUCCUUCAGAGUCUGGACAAGAUUAAAUCACCAGAGGAGAAAAUGAAGAUCAUCCUGAAGAAGUAUGCUGAGCAGCUGGAGCAUCAGCGGGGGGAGCAGAGGAAGAACAUCAAUCUGAUGAUGCAGAAAGAUCAGCUCCAGUUCGACCUGAGCAAUGCUGUCCUGGCUCGCACCAAGCUGGAGGGCCUCUGCAGAGAGCUUCAGCGCUACCACAGGACACUGAAGGGCGAAAACCUCCAAAGGAGUCGUGAGGACGAGAUGAAGAGAAAGGAGAUCACCACUCACUUUCAGAACACGCUGACUGACAUCCAGGCUCAGAUAGAAGAGCAUAGCAACCGCAACAACAAGCUGUGCCAGGAGAACUCAGUCCUGGCUGAAAAACUGAACUCCAUCAUUCGCCAGUAUGAGCAGAGGGAAGAAAGCUUAGAAAAGAUCUUCAAACAUCAUGAUAUCCAGCAGAAACUGGCUGAAACCAAAUAUGAACGAGCCAACCUAUUGCUUAAGGAAGCCGAGGUCAAACACAAGACGGAAAAAGAAUAUUUGCUUAAAGAGGCCAUUGAAAAAACAAAGAAAUGCUACACAUUGAAGGAGCAGGAAUUGCACAUGAAGAAACAGCUAGUUCUGUACUCCCAGAAGUUUGAUGAAUUCCAGGAAACACUAUCAAAAAGUAAUAAUGUGUACACAAGCUUCAGAAAUGAAAUGGAGAAGAUGACCAAGAAGAUGAAACAGCUGGAAAAAGAGUCAGGCGUCUGGAAAACACGUUUUGAAAGCUGUAACAAGGCUCUUGUGGAAAUGAUUGAGCACAGAAAAGAGAAAGCAAAGGAAUUUGAGAUUUUUAUCGUGAAGGUGGACAAACUUGAGACUUUGUGCAGGGCUCUGCAGGAAGAGAGGAAGGGCCUGUAUACCAAGAUCAGAAGCAUUCGACAUGACAUGUCUCAAGACAACGUGCCAGAGGAACCCGUUGCAAUAGCCCUCGAAAAAGACCCAGAUUUCGGUCUCACUAUCGAGAUGGAGAGGUUGACACUUGAGCAGAAUCGAUUGCAAGAGUUUGCUGCCGCUUUUACCACCUCAAACCUAGCUGAACUAGAGGACUCAGAUACCGAGGAAGAGUCCAUGGAAUGUUCUAUUAAGAUGCCUUCUGAGGCAGAGGAGCAGCUGGGAGCUGUCCCCGUGAGCAAUGAAUCAGGUCCCUGCCACCUAGAGGUGGGACAAGAGCAGAUUAAACCAGAUAGAAUUGAAACAGAGAUUGUGCACUCCACAGAAAAAGGAAUUAUUCAAGCAGAAAAGGUUAAAACAGAGGAGAUCCAACCAACAGCCCAAUCUGUAAACCAUUUGGAAGCCAAACCAGAGGUACAGGCCCCAGAGCAGGUCAAUCAAGAGUAUACCCACACAGAGAAAGCAUGUGAGCAUCAUGUUACACCAGAGGUAGGUUUGUCAAAGGAAGCUGUACCAGAUGCAGUUGUUCCUAGAGUGUUAAAGGAAUCUGUACCAGAUGCCGUUGUUCCUAGUGUGUUAAAGGAAGCUGUACCAGAUGCAGUUGUUCCUAGAGUGUUAAAGGAAUCUGUACCAGAUGCAGUUGUACCUAGUGUGUUAAAGGAAUCUGUACCAGAUGAAGUUGUUCCUAGAGUGUUAAAGGAAUCUGUACCAGAUGCAGUUGUACCUAGUGUGUUAAAGGAAGCUGUACCAGAUGCAGUUGUACCUAGUGUGUUAAAGGUGGACGCAAACCAACUAGAAUCAAUAAACCCACAGCCAGUCCAGGCAAACCCAAUACCUGUGACAACAAAACCAGAAAUGGCUAAACCAAAGGUAGACACUGGAAAAGUACAGGCUGGAAAAUCAGCGCGUAAAACCCCCCAAAUGCCCCAGGAGAAGCCUGUUGUAGAGGGGGCAGCUGAGGGGGGAGCUGAGGGGGCAGAGGCAUCCCCUAGUAAGCCACAGACUACCAAGUUACCAUCUGCCAAACCUCAAGGGAAAAAACAAGGCAAUCUCAAGAAAAAAAGUGCAAGAAAUGCAAAAAAAUGAUGGAUCAUAUUUAUGAAAGUUCUUAAGUCUUUAUUCAACCCAACAGGAGUGGUUUACUUGAUUGUUUAAUAAUGUGUGUUGUGUAGUAGCUGUAAUCUUGUACAUUUUCUUCUGGAUGUUGACAAAGCUAAACCAGCAUUUUCAUUUUGAACUGAAGCCUGUGGCAAGCUCUUUGAGAACUCCUUGACAAUGCUGAUUAAACCUUUUUAAUGUCAUCAUGUUUGACAUUUAUA